AUGACGGGAGCGCGCGCGCUGCUGCUGCCGCUGCUGGUGAUCUCGGCGCUGUUCGCCCAGAUCCGCGCCUCCGAUCCGAUUUGUGAUGUUUUUGUUGGUUGGCUGGCGGUGCAGCUGUUCCACGAGACCUUCGACGAGAGCUUCGAGGGGAGCUGGGUCGUCUCCGGCAAGGAAGAGUACGCAGGUGUUUGGAAGCACGCCAAGAGUGAUGGCCAUGAAGACUAUGGCCUCCUUGUUAGCGAGCCUGCCAAGAAAUAUGCCAUAGUCAAAGAGCUUGAUAACCCGGUUACUCUGAAAGAUGGGACAGUUGUCCUGCAGUUUGAAGUGAGGCUUCAGAAUGGCCUUGAGUGUGGAGGUGCUUAUAUCAAGUACAUCCGUGUUCAGGAUACCGGAUUGGACACCAAGGAAUUUGACAAUGGUACUCCUUACACAAUUAUGUUUGGUCCUGACAAGUGUGGUUCCACCAACAAGGUGCAUUUCAUCCUUAAGCACAAGAACCCCAAGACUGGAGAGUAUGUUGAACAUCACCUCAAGUCCCCACCUUCUGUCCCAUAUGACAAGCUCUCUCAUGUCUACACGGCUAUCUUGAAGCCGGACAACGAGCUGAGAAUUUUGAUUGAUGGGGAGGAGAAGAGCAAAGCAAACUUCCUGUCUUCUGAUGAUUUCGAGCCAGCACUUAUUCCAUCAAAGACGAUUCCUGACCCUGACGACAAGAAGCCAGAGGACUGGGACGAGAGAGCUAAGAUCCCUGAUCCAGAUGCUACUAAGCCCGAUGACUGGGAUGAGGAUGCCCCAAUGGAGAUUGUGGAUGAGGAGGCCACCAAGCCAGAAGGAUGGCUGGAUGAUGAGCCUGAUGAAAUUGACGAUCCUGAGGCUGCUAAGCCUGAAGACUGGGAUGAUGAGGAGGAUGGUGAAUGGGAGGCACCAAAGAUUGACAACCCCAAGUGCGAAGAGGCACCUGGAUGUGGUGAAUGGAAGAAGCCAAUGAUGCAGAACCCUGCCUACAAGGGCAAGUGGCAUGCACCCAUGAUUGAUAACCCCAGCUACAAGGGAAUCUGGAAGCCCCAAGAAAUCCCCAACCCAGAGUACUUUGAGCUUGACAAGCCUGACUUUGAUCCAAUUGCCGCCAUUGGAAUUGAGAUCUGGACAAUGCAGGAUGGCAUCCUGUUUGACAAUAUUCUUAUUGCCGAUGAUGAGAAGGUAGCCACCUCUAUCCUGGAGAAGACAUGGAAGCCCAAGUUUGAUGUUGAGAAGGAAAAGCAGAAGGCUGAGGAAGCUGCAAACGCUCCGUCAGAGGAACUUUCUGAAAUCCAGAAGAAGAUCUUCGACGUUUUGUACAAAAUCGCCUUCAUUCCGUUCUUGGAACCUUACAAGACCAAGAUUAUUGAGCUAAUUGAGAAGGGAGAGAAGCAGCCCAACAUUACGAUUUCGAUUGUGGCCUCAGUGGUUGUUGUCCUUGUCAGUGUACUCUUCAGAACCCUCUUCGGUGGCAAGAAGGCAGCGCCCGCACCUGUGAAGCCUGUUGCUAAGGUCAGCGCCCCGGCAGCUGAUGCAGCUGGAAGCAGCGGCGACAAGGAGGAGAAAGAGGAUGAGAAGGAUGACACCGCCGCACCACGCCGAAGGUCGCGAAGGGAGACAUAGGCCUUGACCUUCACAUUUUGGACACCCCGGCUCUAGCUUUUUUUGUGAAUGCCUCGAGUGUAUAAGCAAAGAACCAUGUUGCCAUCUGCUGCUACCUCUAGUUUUAAGGGAUUAGAAUUUACGAACUGUCGAAAAGCUUCUGUUGUUUGUGUGCUGUCCUGAAUCAGCUAGAUGUGAUUUUCUUUUCUUUUGUAUCAGAUGAAACAUGAAAGGAUCUUUUGAUAUUUAGAUACUGUUUACAUGCUUGAGAAA